ACCAAACUUGGCUCAUUUCGGAAACAGCCAUCGGCGAGAACGGACCGAGUUCGAGCCCCCGUCAGACUCGCGUGACGUUUUUUGUGUGUUGUGCUGCUUUUUUCGAAGAAUUUUAUAGAAAAAAAAUAUAAAUAAAAGAACGUAGUAGGCGAGAGUGAUUCACCGGAAUUUCUUCGCUGCUCAACUUGUUCACGAUAGUGAGCGAUCUUAGUAGGCUGUGUACGUGUGUGCGUGCGUGUUUAUCUAUUGAUAAGCGCGACAAGUGUCAGUUUGGAGCCCACGUGUGUGAAUCAUCACAGCCUACUCAGCCUCAGAAGAGAGGCUCACGUGCCGAAUUAAGAGGAGAUAAGUGUUUUUGCGCGCGCGUCCGUUCUCAAUUCUACAGAAAUUAGCAAACAAACACGUGUCGGUGUGUGCGUUCGCAAAACCUUGCUGAAUCACUAUUUUAAACAGUUACACACUCGAAAAAAAAGAAACAACAAACUUCCGGAAAUUGCUGGAAAGUGCAGCCUUUUCUCUCACUCAAAAGUCAAUCAAACAGAUCCAUCAAAAGUGAUACUACUCUGUGUUUGGAUGUGUGUGUAUUUGCUGAAUAAACACUGAUAACAAAGGAGGCAGCGGCGGCGAUUUGAACAAAAAACAAGAAAAAAAUUGGGACGCCCCUCGUUCAAGAGGGGAGCGAGCGUGCGGCAAACGAAAACAAACAAACGUCACUGGACGCUGAUAAGGAAGUGUGAGUGGCGACAACAACAACGCAGCAACCUGUUCGCAGACACUUUCGAUUCCCUUGAAAUUCGCUACCCGCUGACAAAGUAAAUACGCUGCGCAUGUGAUAAUUUGGUUCCCCACUUUCAACCCGAGACACAAACCAUGCUCCCGCAGCAGUACUGCCUCCGGUGGAAGUACCACCACAGCAACCUGCAGACCAUGUUCUCACAGCUGCUCGAUCGCGGGUGCUUCUGCGACGUGACGUUGGCCUGCGAGGGCCAAACGAUCCGGGCGCACCGGGUGGUGCUGUGCGCGUGCAGCACCUACUUCGAUCAGCUGCUGACGAACUGCGGCGCCACCGAGAAGGAUCCGAUCAUCAUCAUGCGGGACGCCAAGUUCGAGGACAUCAAGUGCUUGAUCGAGUUCAUGUACAAGGGGGAGAUCAACGUGGAACAUGGGUCGUUGGCUUCUUUGUUGAAGACGGCUGAGGAGUUGCGGAUUAAGGGGUUGGCGGAGGUUUCCUGGCGGGACGAUGACAACGGGAGUACGGCGGGCAGUGAUGCCAGCGGGAACAAUAACAACAACAACGGGAGUUUGUUGGUGAAGAACCCUGCCAGUGCUAACAAUAAUAAUAACAACAGUAUUAAGAUCGUUGAGACGAAGAAGUUGAUGGCUCCGCAUCACGCGUCUUCGCUGGCGGCCAGGUCGUCCUCGUUGACGCCGCUGACGGUGAGCAGUUUGGAGAAUCGGAUCUCCGACUCGCCGAACUUGCCCCUGUUGACGCCGUUGACGGCCGGCUCGCCCAGGAAUCCCGCCAACUGUGCCUCCCCGAUGAACUACUUUGGUAGCAGCAACAAGAAGAAACGUGGUCGACCUCCACUGGACGAAGAGUACGACACGUUCCAGCAGCUGCCCAAGAUCUCGCACGUGGAGGGAGGUGCCGGAAGUUCUACGCCGUUCACGUCCAGCUCGCAGCUGGUGGCGGUCAUGAUGGACGACAGCUCGAACGAUCAGGUGCGGGAAGAUCAGCAGCAGCAGCAGGCCUCUUCGCAGCUCCAUCACCAUCCCCUGCAUCCGCUGAGCGCAGCCACGGCUUCGUACUUGGAACAGCAGAGCCGGACGGUGCCACCGGAAGCGAUGCACGAGAUGGAGUUUGACGAAGACACGCACAUCCCUCGGAAGAUGAUUCCCAAGAUGGAGCGACCCGACACCCCGCAAGACUACCUGUCCGCGGUCGGGGUCGGUUCCGGUCCCAAGUUCGAGUACGACGACCAGUCCCCGCCCAGCCCCAAUGACCACAACAACUCCGUGUUCCUGACGCCCCAGGAGCAGGAAGAGUGGAAGGACGUGAUCAAGAUGAACGACUACCUGACCAAGGGCCGCCGGCCCCAGUUCUGGGAGGAACCCUUCACCAAGCGGGUCAUGGACGGCAUCAAGAACAAAACCCUCGAGAUGAAGAAGGCCGCCAAGCUGCUCGGAGUGUCGUACGGAACCCUGUACGGACGGUACCGCGAAACGUACGGCUGCCUGAAGCACCCCUACCGAGGCCCCUUCAUGGCCGCGUCCCGGAUGAACAACAUGUGGCCGGCGUCGGCGAGUGCCGCUGCCGCCUCCGCAAACGACCCCGGCGUCGCCACCACCACCGACAUCCUCGGAAUGCUUCAGCGCGGCAUCAUCAGCUUGCCGCGGGCGGCCGAACUCAUGCACACGACCCCGUCCACCAUCAGCAGCUACCUGGAGCAACUACAGGAAGCGGCCGCAGCCCAACCCGACCACGAACAUCUGGCGGCGCUUUCGGCGGUAGCGAGCAUGGCUGCGGAAGACGAACGUCAGCACCAACAACAAUCGCAAAUGCCACCCCAGAUGUCGGCCCAGCUCGAGCAGCAGCUCCGAAUCAAGCCGGAAAUCAGCAUAUCGGCGCUGAAGAAGAGUUCGCCACCCUCGAGCUCGGCUGCGUACGCGUCGGCUGCGCCGACCAGCAGCAGUACCAGCCUGAGUAACGCGCUGAGCGCCAUCGCAUCAACGUCGGCUGCGGCGCAGCCGCAGCAGCUUUCGACGAAUACUUAAGCCCGCUACUCGCCGCCAGGUGGAAGCACUUGCGUUUGCUACGGAGGGAACGCCUUUUUAAAGUAACGGCCAUAACGCUUUCGCUCUGUUUUUUUUUGUGUAGCAAACGGAACCGCAAACUCAAUGUGAUUUUUGUGCAUAUUUUUUGCUCUAGCUUAAUUGGUUCUACCUUUUUGUUGCGAUUUUUUAAUGAAAUGCAAAUUGGAGAACGGAAAUUCGUGUUUCAUUCAAAAUGAAACGAUGGCGCAACGCUCCCAACGAUGGUUUAUUUUUAUAUUUUAUGAGUAGCGAAAAUUUUUAACUUAAGGUUUCUCACGAAAACAUUUGUUUAAAGAUUGCUUGACAAAUAUCAGAAUUUCAUUUUUCAGAAAAUUUUUAUUUUUAUAACUUUUUUUCAAAUGGAGCAUUUCCAUUCGAGCAGUUUUUGCUUUUUUCUACAAUGUAUUUCUUAUGGAGCGAACUGUCAAAAACUGCUCGACUGCAGGUGCUUCAUUAAUUUCAUAAUUCGAGCAGUUUUGACAGUGAAGCCCCUCCAUUCAAGCAGUUUUUUGAUAUUUUUCUGCAAUGUAAUGAAAGCUACAAUUCCUUAUGGGAGAACUGUCAUUUCUACUACUCGAAUCCGUAACUCAUUUGUCAAAACUGCUCGAAUUUUGCAAAGUUUGUAAAAUGUGUUUGAUUUUAUUAGCUUUUUUUAUUAGAUUUUAUUAGCGAUGAAACAUUUUAGUUAA